AUGUCUCACCAAGACGAUUUGGCCUACGGUGGCUACUAUCAGUCCGAACGUGGGUCCGGCGACGGAUCUCGCGGCUUCGGCGACACCUUCAAGAAGCUCCGCGAUACAUACAAAACACACCAGAGCUCUUCGCAGUCCGGUCAGAGCCAGACAUACAACCCAAGUGGCUACCAGGGACAAGGUUACCCGACUCAGAGUGAAUCCUCACAAUACGGAUAUAGCCAGGGACACAGUGGACAGCAGCAGCAGCAGCAACAACAACACAGCUAUGGAAAUCCUCCCAAGGAAGACAAGCUAAGUGGAUUCCUCGGCAAGAUCCAAGGCACCGUGGCCGAGUAUGGAAACGAGUUCGCGCAGAAGUUGGGCAACACGAUCGACCCCAAAGCCUACGCCGAGUACGGCCCCACCAAAACCACCGAGAAUCGCUUCGGUAGUUUCGCGCCUCCCCGACAGCAUAACGAUGCCAAAUGGUACGUCGAUGGUUGCUCCUAUUUUUGGGCUGUGUCGCGCGCGCUGGAGAAUGCGCGCGAGUCAAUCUGGAUUCUGGACUGGUGGCUAUCCCCCGAACUAUAUCUCCGCAGACCCCCAGCGAAAAAUGAGCAAUACCGGCUGGACCGAAUGCUGCAGGCUGCAGCUCAGCGCGGUGUUCGCGUUAAUGUGAUUGUUUACAAGGAAGUCACCCAGGCGCUCACCCUAUCUUCUUCUCACACCAAGCAUGCUCUGGAGGACUUGCACCCCAAUAUUGCGGUCUUCCGUCAUCCUGAUCAUCUUCCGGAUCGUCAGGAGCUCGCGGCUUCGAUCGCAUCUUCUUUCCAGAAUAUGUCUCUGGACUCAGCCAGCCUUAGUAAGAUGUCCAAGGACACCAUCAAAGGUCUUUACGGCAUGAACGACGACGUGAUCUUAUACUGGGCUCACCACGAGAAGCUUUGCCUGAUCGAUGGCCAAACUGCCUUUAUGGGUGGAUUGGACAUGUGCUUCGGCCGUUGGGAUACCCAUCAACAUUCCAUCUCCGAUCUACAUCCCUCAGAUGUCAACCAGACUGUCUUCCCUGGCCAGGACUACAACAACUCCCGUGUCCUUGAUUUCGAAGAUGUUGUUCACUGGGAGAAGAACCAGCUGGAUAGAAAGUCCAUGUCCCGAAUGGGAUGGUCUGAUAUUUCCGUCAGUCUUCACGGUGCGGCUGUUGAAGAUCUACGUCGUCACUUCGUAGAGCGAUGGAACUUCAUUUACGAUGCGAAAUACAAGGUUCGAAGUGACGCAAGGUACGCAAGACUGUCGUUGCAUGGGCGUCCUACCUCGUCUACUGGCCAGCAACAGCCUGGCCAACAGCAACAGAGCCAAAAUCCGUAUCCCUCGGGUCAGUCAAGCCCACAAUUUCAGCAGUCACAGACACCAUCCUGGCAGCAGCAAUCUACUUCAAAGCCCAGUGGAACUACCUCUACAUACCCACCGCCACCGGCCGAGGGGACUUCGAGUCCUUACCAACAGAGUCAGCCCCAGCAUGAACAACAACAACCUCAUGCUCCAUACCAGCCAUACCAGCCCGGGAACACCUCGAGUUACUCACCAUCGCCGGUCCAGGGCACGAAUCAGUACUCCGAGAACACUCCUCAUUCCCCGAGUCAAGGAGCAUCGCAAUACUCCUACUCUGGAAAUUCAUUCCCACCUCCCCCUCCUGGUCCUCCCCCACCACAGAGCACUAAGCCCAGCUAUCAGAGCUAUCAGGGCCAGGGUCAGCACCAAGAACAAACCCAAUACUACCCACCUCCCCCAACCCAGGCUUCCACUAGCACCCAACAAGGUCAAAGCCAAAGCCAAACGCCAUAUUAUCCCCCUCCCCCGGGUCAGGAUUUAUCUCACUCCAACACGCGCGGAAUCGAUGAUUACCAGCAUUCAGGCGAUCGCGAACGAGGGUCCUUGGCUCCCCGCCGCUUCGAAGAGAAAUUCACUCAAUAUGGCAACUCCCUUCGUGGUCAGCUUGCCGGGCAAAUCCACCAAUAUCAAGACAAACUGACCACAUAUGGACGUCCCACACAAAACCGUGGAAAUAUGUCCUGUCAGAUUGUGCGCAGCUGUGCGAAGUGGAGUAACGGUAGCCCGCUUGAGCAUUCCAUUGCGGACGCAUACUGUGCCAUCAUCCGUAACAGUGAGCACUUUGUCUACAUUGAGAACCAGUUCUUCAUCACUUCAACUGGUGAAUCUCAGCAUCCAGUGAAGAACAAGAUUGGAGCUGCCAUUGUUGAGCGCAUUCUGCGUGCUGCCAGGGCUGGACAGAAAUACAAGAUCGUUGUGGUCAUUCCUUCCGUCCCGUGCUUUGCCGGCGACUUGCGUGAUGAUGAGACUCUUGGCACACGCGCGAUCAUGGAGUUCCAGUAUAAUUCCAUCAAUCGUGGCGGCCACAGUAUCAUGGAACUGAUUGCCAAGGAAGGGUUCAACCCGAUGGAAUACAUCCGCUUCUAUAACCUUCGCAACUAUGAUCGUAUCAACAACGGUAAUGUCGUGGCUGCGGCUGAGCAGCAAAGCGGUGUCAACUAUGAGCAUGCCCAGAGACAGUACGACGUCAAUACUGCUGGUCCUGGUGGAUAUGCCCCGAGCACCACUCGGAGUGCGUUCGACACCAGCGCGCCGUUCCAGCAGUAUCAGCAAGCAGCCCAUCAAGUUCAAGGAAGUUCCUCUUCCAACCGCUGGGAUAGCGUCAGCGAGUGCUACAUGCUCAAUGGAGAGGAUAUUCGUAAAGUGCCUUGGGAUGGUCACCCGGAUGCUGAAAUUGAUGCAUUCGUCAGUGAAGAGCUUUAUGUUCACUCAAAGGAACAGGUGAUGAUCGCCGACGACCGGGUUGUCGUCUGCGGAUCCGCAAACCUGAACGACCGUUCCCAGCUCGGUGACCACGACUCUGAGAUCGCUGUCAUCAUCGAGGAUUUCACGCCUGUGGCUUCCAGUAUGAAUGGCAAGCCAUGGACUGCCAGUCGUUUCGCUGCAUCCCUUCGUCGCGAGCUGUUCCGCAAGCAUCUGGGUCUCUUGCCUCCUCAAGACUACCAGCGCCCAGAUGCAAACUUCGAGCCGGUGGGAGUUCCCAACCAAUUCGACUUCGAAUGUCCCGAGAGCAAGGUGGUCGCCGAUCCCUUGGCCGAUACCGUUCAGAGUCUGUGGAACACACGCGCACACACCAACAGUGAAGUUUUCCGCAAGGUUUUCCACGCCGUGCCAGAUGAUACGGUGCGGAACUGGGCUACGUACAAGGAGUUCUAUGAGUACUACUUCCACAAAGCUGACAAGGAGGCCGAGGGUCGGGAAGGAUUUGGCCGGCCGGCACGAUUCCAGUGGGGCCACGUGGUUCGCGACGACUUCGCGCCUGGUGCGGAGGGAGCGAAGCAGGUCAAAGAACUUCUCAGCCAGGUCAAGGGUACUCUAGUUGAGAUGCCUUUGAUGUUCUUGAUUGAGGAGGAUAUCGCGAAGGAAGGAUUGGCUCUCAAUGACUUGACCGAGCCGCUCUAUACCUAA